AUGGUUGCUCUCCGCAAAGACCAUGUCGUCCGGAUCAUAGUCGUCCCCGUGCUGGGAAACGAACAUAUUAUCCAAAAUCACCAGUUGUUCUUGCGUUACCUCCCCCACGUCGUGACCGAGUUGGAGGCGAGGCGCAAAGAGCUCCACAAGUCGCGAGGCGAGCUCAAGAUUUGCGGCCGGAGCCAGGCCCAAAACGCUCCAGCAACUCUGUACCUGCCGGCCGAGUUCCCGCUGCCCGGUGGAUCGAGGAGCUGGAGCGGGGAUUCGGCAGGCAGGGGUAAGGACGACGCGCGGCUUGCCGGUUUGGGAAGCGCGCGCCUGCCCGCUUUGGCGAAAAUCGAUCAACACGAAAUUAAGUCGCGCUUGACGCGGCUUGACAAUUACUGGGAGCAGUUUCAAGAGCGACACUUUGAGCUGAUCGCUCUCAAGGGUUUCGAGGCGAGCGCAUAUAAUAAGAGCGACGUCUUCACCACCACUGAAGAAAGUUAUUUCUCCGUGCGAGCUCAGUUUCUGACAGCCCUAUCUAAGAAACAAACGCCGGAGCGGAGGACCGAUGAAUCGGAAGCUGGUACGCAGCCCCUUCUGAAACAACUGCAUCUUCCGAAACUCGAUCUUCCAAACUUGCUCGUGCAUAAUGUGCCGGACAUCUCCGCGGUGCAGAAAUUGCAACAUCUGAGAAGCUGUCUCUCUGGGGAGGCAGCGGCGGUGGUGGUGAAGGCUCCAGUAACCGAUGCCGCCUAUGAGGGAGCGUGGAGCGAUCUGGUCGCUCGGUAUGAUAAUCGGCGCAUUCUACUUUUCAGUCACAUGCGUAACUUGCUGUUUUGCCCGGGUCUGUCUAAGGCGUCACCGGCAGAGCUUAAACGCUUGCUCGGAGUUGUAACGCAAUCGAUUCGAGCUUUCGCGUCGUUAGAGCGUCCCGUCGACAAGUGGGAUGAUUGGUUCGUGCACUUGCUCGUCACCAAAAUGGACUCCCAGACACGUCCUCAGUGGGAGACCUCGCUGGGAAAUUCGCGCAAUUUUCCUUCCUUCCAGCAACUAAGAGACUGGAUGGAAAAUCGCAUCCAAGCUCUGGAGGUGGCAAACCCGGAUGUCUCCCCUACCCAGGCCGCGUCCGCGUCGGAAUCCAGGGCUAUUAAACCUGCGCGUGUCUCUGCGAAUGCGGCUUCCACUUUCAAGCCAAAGUCGAACGGAAAGUGUCCACUCUGCAAAGAGAAUCAUCUGCUCUCCUACUGCGCCAAAUACAAGGGCCUGACCGUGGCUAACCGGGGCGAGUUGGCCAAGAAAUUUAACUUGUGCCUCAGCUGCCUACGCACGGGACAUCGAGUAGAUGCGUGCGCGGCUACAGGGCGAUGUCUGGUCUGUUCCGGUAAGCAUCAUACAUCGCUACAUGGCUUUACAUUUCAACACGUUGCAAACCCCGAGUCGUUGGAGGGAGGUGAAAUCGGCACGGUGACGAGUAGCACUGCGAUUACGAGCGUCGCUGCUUUGGCGGCGCCGACUGCGCCCACGGUUCUCUUGAAGACGGCUAUGGUCACCUUGCUCAGUGACUCGGGGCACGCGAUCAAGGUCCGAGCACUCCUGGACUCGGGUGCACAGUCAACCUUCGUGACGGAGUGGGUUGCGCAGCAGUUGCACGCCAGGCGACGGCGAGUGAACGUGACGGUUCUGGGCCUCCAGGAGGCUCACAUGGGCGUGGUUUCUUCUUCCUGCAGGCUCACUGUGAGCUCUCCUCAUAAGCCGAGCUUGCGCCUUCCAACCGAAGCUCUGGUGCUUCGAAGCUUGACAAGCUUACUGCCGCCGGAGCGCGUGAGGACGACGUCUUGGCCGCAUCUCAGCGGGUUGGAGCUGGCGGAUCCAGCCUAUGAUGUCCCGGCCCCGGUCGGUGGCGUGCUCGGCUCGGACGUCUAUGAUCUGGUGAUGGAACCAGCCCUGCGUCAUGGACCACCGGGCUCUCCCUCUGCGCAGCUCACUGCGUUUGGUUGGGUACUGUCCGGGCUGGCUCCGAUGGACCGGAUCCAGACAGACGCUACAUCGUCCGCCUACCAAGGAGAAGAGAAGGAGAAGUCAAACUCGGCGAUUCCACGUCGAGCCACGAUGAGCAUGCUCUUGAAUUCCGAGCGCAGACUAGGCACGAAAGCGGAGCUCCGUAAACGCUACGCCGACUUUAUGGUCGAGUAUCUAGCACUUGGCCACAUGGACUUGGUGAGUCCUGAAGCUCUCACUGCACGGGAGUCGUAUUAUCUGCCGCACUACGCGGUAUUUAAGGCAGGAGACUCCUCCAAUAAGAUUCGGGUCGUUUUUAACGGUUCGUUUCGUACUACGUUGGGUUUUUCGUUAAACAACGCACUUCUGCCAGGGCCACGUCUUCAGUCGGAUCUGUGGACCGUCUUAACGAGAUGGCGACUUUUCCGCGUCGGAUUCAUGGCCGACAUCGUUAAGAUGUUUCGGCAGAUCCGAAUCCACCCAGAUGACGCUGACCUCCAGCGUAUCUUAUGGCGGGCGGACCCGUCUGAGGAAGUCCGCGACUACCGUCUUACCACCGUCACCUAUGGAACGGCUUCGGCGCCGUUUUUGGCCUUGCGGACACUACGGCAGCUGGCUCAGGACGAAUCAUCCCGGUUUCCGAGGGGAUCGGAAGCUCUCAGUCGCCACUCCUAUGUGGAUGACAUUCUUGCAGGUGGUGACUCUCCCAAUGAGGCCAAGGACGUCCAGGAGCAAUUGGCUGCGCUCUUGCGCGCAGGGGGGUUCGCUUUGAGCAAUUGGGCCUCUAAUUGGAGGAAUCUGUGCCCUCGCUCGGAUCAAGAAGAGAGAUUGUUCUCUACUGAGGAGGCGGUGGGCGCCCUAGGCGUCAUCUGGAACCCUCAGAGUGACACUCUCGCCUUGAGAGUGUCCCCGCUUGGAGACACAUGCUCUGAGGUACCAUUGGCCAUGACCAAGCGAGGAGCACUUUCGGAAGUGGCCAAGCUCUUUGACCCUCUUGGAUGGGCGGCACCGGUCCUUGUGUUUGCCAAGAUUUUUCUUCAGGAUUUAUGGCUGACUGGAUGUGGCUGGAAUGAUCCACUGCCCACGGAGCUGACACAGUUGUGGCAGACCUUCCAAGCGUCUCUGCAACAAUUGGAGGACGUGCGCUUGCCUCGUUGGGUCAAGCGCGGCUCAGACACGGUCACCCUGGAGCUUCAUGGCUUUUCCAAUGCUUCGGAGCGAGCCUAUGCCGCUGCCGUCUAUUUGCGAGCAGUGCAGAAGUCGGGCGAAGUUGCGACACACCUAUUGGUGGCGCGAACUAAGGUCGCCCCGAUAAAAACUCAGAGCAUUCCACGCCUUGAGUUGUGCGGGGCUCUACUGCUGGCGAGACUACUCGCCCGUACCGCCGGGGAUCUUAGUCUCCCGGUAACGUCGAUCUAUGCCUGGACGGACGCGCAGGUGGUGCUCAGCUGGCUGAAGUCCCACGCUUCAAGGUGGAAGCCAUUUGUAGCCAACCGAGUGGCUGAAGUCCAGAGCCUUCUACCGAUCGACCAAUGGAACUACAUCCCAACGUCGCUCAAUCCAGCGGAUGCCGCGACGAGAGGGGUCUGCCCAGUGGAAUUGCUGACUAUGAACUUGUGGUGGCAUGGGCCGCCCUGGCUCAGCCAGCCCCGUAACACCUGGCCCGUCCAAAGCGAACCCGUCGGCGCUGCCUUCCGAGACGAAGAGCGGCGGGUAGCUGUACACGAGGCUCACACUCUCCCGGAGGAGACCUUCGUGGAAAGGUUUUCAUCUCUGACUAAGCUUCUUCGAGUAACUGCUUACUGUUUUAGAUUCUAUCACCAUGCAUCGGGACGAGAGCCUUCCCGAAAUGGUUAUCUUACUGCGGACGAGCUGCACUUUGGCCGCUGUGCGUUGGUGAGAAUGGUCCAGGAACGGGCGUUCGAGAGUGAGCUUACUGCGCUGAGAGGCGACCGCCCUGUAGCGCGUCGCUCUCCAUUGCGUGGUCUUCACCCUCUCCUUGAGACAGGGCUGCUGCGCGUGGGAGGAAGGCUUCAAGCGGCUCUAAUACCGCAGACGGAGCGGCAUCCGUUGCUUCUCCCAAGGUCCGGACAUUUCACGAUGCUGGUGAUCAGACACGCGCAUUUGGCUACCCUUCAUGGAGGCCCUCAGCUGAUGAGGGGCUACUUGAUGCGCCACUUCUGGAUCUUGGGCGGCGCCUCGCGAAUCCGGAUGAUCGCGCGGCAGUGCGUACGCUGUGCGCGCUAUAGAGCUGCCACAGGUCAACAGCGCAUGGGCCAGUUACCGAUGGAGAGAGUGCGUCCGUCGCGUCCUUUCCUCUCGUCUGGCGUGGAUUACGCUGGACCGCUUUGUACACAAACCUCCAAGGGGCGAGGUCACAAGACAACAAAGGGCUACAUAUGCCUUUUUAUUUGCCUUGUCACGAAGGCUAUCCACUUGGAAGCGGUAACGGAUCUUACGACCCAUGCAUUCAUUGCGGCUUUCCGCCGCUUUAUCUGUCGCCGAGGUCGAUGUGCCUCGCUCCUCAGCGACAACGGCACCAACUUCCAUGGUGCGGAUGCGGAACUGAGAGAGAUGUUCCAUAAAGCCUCCAAAUUUCAUCGCGAGGUCGGUGCUUGUCUCGCGAAUGACGGGACGAACUGGACAUUUAUUCCUCCUCGCGCCCCUCAUUUUGGCGGCCUGUGGGAGGCUGGCGUGCGCUCCACCAAGUACCAUCUGCGUCGCCUCAUAGGGGAUCACACCCUCACUUUCGAGGAGCUGGCCACUUUGCUGUGCCAAAUUGAGGCUUGCCUCAAUUCGAGGCCACUAAGUCCGCUGAGCUCCGAUCCACAGGAUCUCACGGCCCUUACGCCGGGGCAUUUUUUGGUUGGCGAACCGCUUACCAACCUGCCCGAGCCGGCUCCACCCGAGGCUGCAUCCAGCUUGCUAAAUCGUUGGCGGUUGGUUUCAGCAUUACGGACUCAUUUUUGGCAGAGAUGGGCCAAGGAGUAUCUUCAUCAUCUGCAGCAGUCUACCAAAUGGCACACUAGCCGACGCAACUUUGCCAUCGGAGACCUUGUCCUGAUCAAAAACGAAGUGUUGCCCCCGGCUAAGUGGCCCCUGGGACGUGUCACGGCGGUGAGCCCGGGACCGGAUGGACUCGUACGGGUGGUCACCGUAAGGACGGCCUCCUCCACGCUGACGCGCCCGGUCACCAAACUGUGCCUGUUACGCCCUGAGGCGACGGAGGAUCUACGUCCCGCGCAGGACUACGCCGAGGACGUCGCCAGGGCUCCCGCCAACUAA